AUGUCUGUGAAAAAGUUAAAAAGCAGCGGUCUGCUUAGGCUGGAAAGUAAGAGCGUCGAUAAGACGGAUUCGAAUAAUAAUCUCGUAAAAAAAAACACCAAUGUAAAAAUUGUGAGGAAGAAAACAGAUGGACAAAUUGAGAAGACACUGACGGGGAGCGUUCUUCCUCCUCAGGUGGACAAGGUGGUGAAGCUGAAGGUCCUUAACAAGGCGCAAGAAGGGGGAGCCACCGUUGUGAUGAAUGCAGGCAUUACAUGGGACGACAACGACCCUACUAACAUGGCGGAAUCAACCAUGAAGAAGCAGGAUGAAAAAAAGGUUUAUGGUGUUCGGAAAAUCGUCUCGAAAUUUAGUGUGAAGCGAGGGAAGACAAAUCAGGAUGGCCACAGAGACCUCCUUGAGGAAAAGGAUCAGCGGGGGGGAGAAGAAGAAAACAUCGAAUACCCCCAGGGGAACUUCGUCUACGAUGAUACAGGUAAUGGUAACGGUAAAAAUUACUACGAUAAUAAUGAUCCUGCUGCUGAUGACAACCCUCCUGAUAUUGGAAAAACAAUUGUGAAGAAGAAAAAAGGCACUGAGAAGGAGCCAAACCGAAGCAAGCAGUGCGGAAAUGAUGCUUUACCUGUAACUCAGUUUGAGCAUCCAGGUAACCACAACGGAAGGAACGAUAAAAGCGAUAAGGUAGAAGAUGACUCGGAAAAUGAAAUCCUGAAUUCAAUUCUCAGCAAAAAUGAUGAGUCCACCUUAGCAGAAGCACCAAAGGAAGAAGUGAAAAAAAAAAAAAAAAAAAUUAUUGUCCGGAAGAAGAUACCCAUAAGUGAAAAAUUAAAGAAUGCAGAAAAAGCUAACCACUUUCCCGGGGUACAAACAAUCCCUGCAGGACGGACACCUCGCGGCGCCACAGCCAUAAUCACCAACAAUAGCAAUCGUGGAAAAUUUCCCCAGCCGAACGAAUGCUGCGAACAAAUGGUGAACGAGAUAAAAAUGAACGAAACGAAAUUCGUACUACUGCAAGAGACGCACAAAGAAAAAAUGAACAACAUGAUACAGGAAAACAAAAAAGAGAAAGACAUGCUAAACACGUACAUAAAAAAUUUAAACGAAGAAAUGCAUCAUAUAAAUAAUAAGCUAUGUGAUGAAACGAAGGAAAAAGAUAAACUGAACGAAAACUAUCAAAAUUUACAAAAUGACAAGUUAGAGUUGGAAGAAAAAGUUGACAUGUUAAAAAGACAGAUAGAAGAAUCAAACGAAAUGUCUACCCUCCUGAAUGAAAAGAUUGCCACUCUGGAGGAAGAAAAUAAAAUGCUACUGGAUAGGGACCAACAAAAUGAACUAAAGGUUGAACAAAUGCAAAGUGAGAAAAUAAAAAUGGAAAAAAAAAUAGACGAACAGAAUAUUUUAAUCAAAAAAAAGGAUGAACUCAUAAACAAGUACAUGAGUGAAAUAGAGAAUUAUAAAAACGUUUUGAAGAACAAGGGGGAAAUGAUGAUCCUUGGUAGCUCCACUACUAUCGAUAAAAAUAUGUCAGACAAAAACAGCCAAAAGGAACAUGUAGCCAAAUUGAUAAAGGAAAAAAAGGAACUCAUUUAUGCCUUCAAAAAACAGCUAGACUUGAUAGUAAUCCUCAAAAAGCAAAUAAGUCUUCUCGAAAAUAACAAAAUUGUUAAUAUGACUUCUGGUGAGCUUAAGAAGGUGCUUCACGAUUAA